AUGGUGCCCACGAGACUGGCCCUGGAACCCAGGAAGUUCCGUGUCCUCGUGGGGACCUUUGUCCACAGCAAAUCCCGCUCGGAGCUGGAGUAUAUCCACGACGCUGCUGUUGCAGUCGACGAUGGCGGAACCAUUGUCGCCAUGGCGAGAGGCUGCGAGAACGGGAAUGCGGCCAAGGACAAGGUUUUGAGGGAGACUGGGUGGACGCACCGUCAUGUCGAUUUGGUCGAGUGUGGGGAGGGACAGUUUUUCUUUCCCGGCUUCAUAGACACCCACGUCCACGCCUCGCAGUACCCCAACGCAGGAAUAUUCGGCAAAUCCACCCUCCUGGACUGGCUAGAGAAGUACACCUUUCCCCUCGAAUCGUCUCUCGCAGACCUCGCCAAGGCUCGCAAGGUAUACACGGCCUGCGUGCGGAGAUGCCUCUCCCACGGCACGACCACUGCGGCCUACUACGCAACCGUGGAUGUGCCUGCGACCAACCUCCUAGCGGACUUGUGCCUGUCUCUUGGCCAGCGCGCCUUUGUGGGCAGAGUCUGCAUGGACAGAGAGGAGCUGCGUCCUCGGCACUACGGCGACGAAUCCGCAGAAAGCUUCCUCCACAAUACGCAGGAAUCCAUUGCGUACAUCAAAAAGAUUGACCCCGGCUUUGAGCUCAUCUCGCCCAUCUUGACGCCUCGCUUCGCGCCAUCCUGCUCCUCGGAGGGCAUGAAGGGUCUCUCUGCCAUUCACAGACGAGAGCAUCUGCCGAUCCAGACUCAUGUCUCUGAGAACAAAGGCGAAAUCCAGCUUGUUGCCGACAUGUACCCCGAGUCAGGAUCGUAUGCAGAAGUCUACGACGACCACGGCCUCCUCACACCCAAGACUAUACUUGCCCACGCGGUCCACAUUACCGAGAAAGAAGCACGUCUCAUUUCACAACGCGAGUCGAAAGUCUCACACUGCCCCUGUAGCAACUCCUCGCUCACCAGCGGCGAGGCCCGGGUCCGAUGGAUGUGGGAACAAGGCAUUGAGAUUGGUCUGGGCACUGAUAUGAGCGGCGGCUAUUCGCCGUCGAUGCUGGAGGCCGCAAGGCAAGCUACUCUCACGAGCCGCCAUUUGGCAAUGCGCACAGAGGACCAGGCGCUACGGGAAAAGACGAAGCUGACGGUGGAGGAGGCGCUGUAUCUCGCGACCAGGGGCGGUGCGCGUUGUCUAGGUCUGGACGACAAGGUCGGCGGCUUCGAGGUGGGCAAGCAGCUGGACGCGCAGCUAAUUGCACUCGGACUGGUGCAGGACGACGGUUCAAGAGUGGGCGAGGACGAGGACGGCCAUGUGGACGCAGGCAAUGUGGAUGUUUUUGGCUGGGAGACGUGGGACGAGCGCAUCGCGAAGUGGCUGUACAAUGGGGAUGAUCGAAACACCAAGAAGGUCUGGGUGAAGGGACGGUUGGUGCACUCCAGACGAUAG